AUGGAACCCCUAGUCAACAUGGCUUCAAUCCAAUCCCCCUGCUCCGGCGCUGCCGUCCAGGACAACGACGACGACGACUUCACUGCGGCCACGGCAUCUGGCGUUCAGGCCGAGGGCACUGAACUUACCCGGAGACGACGACACUCUUUCUUUAUCCCCAGAAGAAAAUCGAUUGUCAGCCACAUCAUGGAUGGAGAGGAGCAUUUGUUACUUAAGGUCGACCUCUUCCUCACCGAGCUGGAGCGACGCCUUGAAUUCAUUGAAGAAUAUGGCGAGCUCACCUUCGAUGCGAGCAUCUCUCGAGCCUUUUCCACCUUGCAAACUGUUCGCGCCCGAUGCUCCCAUGCCUCCGAGGAGGUCCUCGGUGCCGGCCGCCGCCGCCUCCACAUCAUGGUCGAGACACUCGAGGCUCGCUACCAGGAAGCCCUCGCCUCGGCCGAGUCGUUGAACGAGAAGGCACGGGUCGGCAUCGAACUCCUUGACGAUAUGCUUACGGAUUACGAGAACCGCGCGUACAAGCUUCGCGAGCAAGGAUUGGCAAAUGCCGCCGAUGCUGCCGGGGCGUUUAUGUCCGAGGGACGUCGAGUUGUUGAUGGCGGCAUUGGACUCGCCCGCGAGGUGGUUGACGAGGGUAUCGAGCGGGCCAUGCGCGCUGCUGAGAGCCUUGAGGAGAAGAUUGAGCGCGCCAUUGCUCGUGCUAGGAAGACGAAGCUGAUCACAUACGACGACCUGCCUAUGCCCUGGCGCAUCAAUCCACACAUUCGCAAGGGAUACCGCUUUACCGAAUCAAAGCUUGAGUGUGUCCAGUCCGCCUUUGGCAUCUCCAACGAGCUCGUCAACAUCUGGUCCCAUGCCAUCGGCCUCGUUAUUGUUCUGGCUGUGGCGCUGUACUUCUAUCCCCGCAACGUCAACUUCUCGCUCAGCACCAAGACCGAUAUCUUCAUCGCUGCUGUCUUUUUCUUUACCGCAUGCCUGACGCUGGUGUGCUCCACUAUCUGGCACACCAUGAACGCUGUUGCGGAUGUCGAUGCGAUUUCCAUUUUUGCGUGCGUGGAUUAUACGGGCAUCUCCCUCCUCAUCGCUGCAUCUAUUGUGACUACUGAAUACACGGCCUUCUAUUGCGACCCUGUAAGCCGAUGGACUUACAUGACCACGACUGCUAUCCUGGGUAUUGGCGGCGUCAUUCUCCCUUGGCAUCCGACUUUUAACGGAGCGGACAUGGCAUGGGCGCGCGUUGCGUUCUUCGUUGGCCUGGGCGCCACAGGCUUCUUGCCCAUCCUGCAGCUGUACUUUUCUCACGGCCCGGACUUUGUGUGGACAUUUUAUACGCCCAUUGCCAAGUCUAUUUUUGUCUACCUCUUGGGUGCAUUUGUCUACGCGAGCAAGAUUCCUGAGAGAUGGUGCCCUGGCAUGUUUGACUAUAUUGGUGGCAGCCAUAACCUGUGGCAUCUUGCGGUUCUUGGCGGUAUUCUUUUCCACUACACGGCGAUGCAGUCAUUCUUUGCGGAUGCUUUCCGGAGAGCUCAGGCGGAAUGUUCCAUCUUUUGA